CCAAUCGAAUUCCGGGCAGUUUUGGCCCGCUCAAGAAUAGAUCGCGGCGCCAUGAACCGGUCGAGAAUUUGACUUUUGCAAUUGGUAAGUAAGUCGGGGGUCGCCGACUGGAUGGAUUGGCGAGAAUUUUAGGAUAGUUUUGCAUAAUCAUUUCAUAAGCGCACCGCUUUGCAUAAAAAACUAGUUGAGUUAUAGAGCAACCCGACGGGAAUGGUGUCGGUUAUGGUUCUAAGUGGAUUCUAACUACGGCAGAUGGGUAUAUAAGCUGCUCGUCUCAGUCUCAGGAUUCAGUCUUGGCCUUUGCCUCUUCAGCACACCCAGCCUACAAAAUCAAAUCUUCACCAUGCGUUUCCUCAUCGCUUUCUGCCUCAUUGGUGCCGCCUGCGCCCAGUACAACUACGGAGCGGGAUUUACUGGUGCCGCCUCCGAUAAUGUUCCCAGCUACUCCGGCAGCGGUGUUAGCGACUCCUACGAUGGCGCCGCCAGCAGCCCGGACUACUCGGUCUCCAGCGAACUGAACAAGGAGUACUACACCUUCGAGGCUGACGAGAGCCAGUUCGAGGAUCCUCUCGCCGCCCAAAGGAUCGCCGGCUCCGUGAACAAGGGCCUGCGCGUGGUCUUCAUCAAGGGACCCGAGAACCGCGGCCUGGAGAACGCUGCUCUGGCUCUGGCCAAGCAGGCUGCCGAGCAGAGGACCGCCAUCUAUGUGUUGAACAAGCAGACCGACAUUGGAGAUCUUGCCCAGAAGUUCAAUGCCGCCCGCCAGAACGCCAACCAACGUCCUGAGGUGCACUUCGUCAAGUACCGCACUCCCGAGGAUGCGGCCAAUGCCCAGCGUGCCAUCCAGUCGCAGUACGAUAACCUGGGUGGAUCCAGCCAGUCCAUCAACGGAGGAGUUGCCAACGCCAUCAACUUCGCAUCCGCUGCCCCCGUGGCUCCCGCUCGUCGUGGCCCCAACUACUCCGCACCAGCCGCCGCCACGAGCAACUCCUACCUUCCCGCCAACAUCCUGCGUCGCCUGCGCAUCCGUUAAGGUUCGAACGGAAACUGACAGUUG